UCAUGGAGUCCAUCUUUUAACGAAUCAAUCUCGCUGAAUCAAUCAACUGAAUUUUUCCGUGUGUUUUGUUAUAACGAAAACAUGACCGUAAUUUCCAAAACAUACUUCGCGCUUAUCCCAAAAUUCGAAAGACAGUUAAAAAUCGACGCGUUAAUGUUGAAAAAACAUCAAAAGGAAUCAUCGCCGAAGGAAAUAUUGAACGUGAUGAUCGUCGGAUAUGACGGGGUGUCCAGACAUCAUUUUCUUCGAGCGAUGAACAAAACUUAUUCGUUUUUGAUGAACGAUCUCCAGUCUUUUGAUUUCACAAUGCACACGCAAGUCGGGGAAAACACUUUCCCGAAUUUUUUAAGUCUUCUGAGCGGGAAGUCAAAGGACGAGGUGAGCGAAUGGUGGAGCCGUUCAGAAUUUUCAGACGCGUUUGACUUAAUCUGGCGGGAUUAUAAAAGAGCCGGGUACCAAACGUUGUACACAGAGGACUGGCCAGCCAUUGGUGGGUUUCAUCACGCUAAACUUGGGUUUUUAUUUCCACCGACUACCUACUACAGCCAUCCAAUAAACUUAGCGAUAGAUGCGGAUCAUGAUAUGCAUCUUACAGGGCGGGAUUGUCUUGGAUCGAAACCAGAGUUGUUUUUCCACAUGGACUACAUCAAACGUUUCUUUGAUACAUUUCCGGACUGGCCGAAAUUCGCUAUGACGUUUCUUACAAGAAUGACCCAUGACACUUUAAAUGACCUGAAGAAAGUUGAUGACCACACGUAUAAUAUUUACAACACAUUGUUCAAGGAAGGGUAUUUGAACAGGACUGUUUUAAUUUCGUUUUCCGACCACGGACAGAGAUGGGGACCGAUACGUCCAACAUUUAAUGGGAUGAUAGAGAGCAGGACACCGUACACGAUUUUAACAUUCCCGAAAUGGUUUCUGGAGAAAUACCCGGAUGUUGUGAGAAACUUGAAGACCAACACGGCCAGACUCACGACACACUACGACACUCACGCCACGCUCCAGGAACUGCUCUACUUCAAGGCCAAAGGUCACGCCCCACUUAAAACUGGACACAGGAUCAGUCUAUUUCAGGUCAUUCCCAAAAACAGAACCUGCAACGACAGCCAUAUUCCACCUGAGUUCUGCGUCUGCGGACAGGAUAGCGUUGAAAUCCUUGAUGUUAAAUGCUAUCUUUCAUUACUUUUAACUACCCACGUCAUGAAAGCCAUCAAUUCAAAGCUUGACAAAUAUCUUUGCAUGAGCUUAACCCUAGAUAAAAUAAUCCAAGUUGCGCUUAUCCAAAUAGGUCCAAAAACGUUAAAUAAAGAUUUUAACGACCGGGCAUUGUUUAAGAUCAGACUUCAGACAAAGCCAGGUCUAGCAAUCUACGAGGCGACUGUCUACACAAAGGGUAACCUACCCGGUUUACCAGCCAAUGCAACAGAAGCUAACCUGACUCCCCUACAAGUGGAAGUGGGAGAUUCCAUUGACCGUUUGAACCUAUAUCGUGGUCAAGCCGAUUGUGUGAAUGACGCUAGGGUGAAGCUGUUUUGUUACUGUAAGGAUGUGUUUGAACGUGAAUCACAAAAAGCUACCAAAUCACGUAAAUGA